AUGAACGCACCCCCUCCUCCAUACAGCGAGCCUGCCAACGGUCGGUUGUCGCAAUGGGACGGCGGCGAUGACGACUACAAAUACUCGUUCGAGAAGCCGGAGAAGCCUGUGCCUUCGCCGUCGUACGAAGAGAGCUUUCCGAUCCGCCAGCCGCGGUACAACGACACGUUCUUCACGUACGUGUUUGUGGCGACGCUGGUGGUGUUUGCGUACGUGACGUACGAGUCGUACGUGUAUCUGGAGUACCCGACGGCGAGCGUGUUGGAGCCUGCGAAGCUGUCGAAGCCGAUGAGGGCGCUGUACACGUUGGUGGCGGUGUCGACGGUGGUGCCGCUUGUGUCGGCGACGGUGCUCCUCGGCCUGGUGUACCUGUUUCCGACGUUCUUCGUGGUGACGGCGUUCCUGUUGGUGCCGCUCUCGAUGUUCUCCAUGGCGGUGACGUCGCUCAUGGCGGGCUCGGUUCUCUCCGCCAUCAUGUUCGGCGCCUUCGGGCUCUUGUCGUUGACGUUCAUGUUCCAGAACUUCAGCCGGUUCUCCUUCUCCGCGUUGAUGAUCCAGCUCGUGGUGUCCGCCAUGAAGAAGUACCCGUCGACGUUGCUCAUCUCCGCGCUCUCGUCGCUCAUCACCGCCGCCGUCUCCGUGCUCUACAUGGUGGCCAUCGGCGUCGUCGCCAACGCCAGAAUCAACAAGGACGACUCGCUAUGUCCACACACAAACGGCAACGACAUCUGCCUCUCCAACACCUCGAUUGCCAUCUUUCUCUUUGUUGUUUUCGCUGGCUGCUACAUCUUCCAGGUGCUCGAAAACGUCACCCACGUUGUUUUGUCGGGCAUCUUCAGCUCCUGGUACUUCUUUGAUGCGAACGAGGCCAGCUCCAAGCCCCGGUACCCUGCUCUCGGCUCCCUCAAACGUGCCUUGACAUACUGUUUCGGCAGCAUCUGCUUUGGAUCCUUGCUUGUCUCUGUGGUGCAGACCAUCCGCAUCUCUUUGCAAGUUCUCAAGGCCAAGCUGCAGAACAGAAACCUCAACUACGACGACGACAACGACAAUGGCGGCUCUGGUGAAAACGGUCUUCUUUUCUGUUUUCUUAUCUGUCUUGUCUCGGUCCUCGAGUGGGUCGCCAGCGAAUUCGAAUACUGGAUGAAAUGGUUUAACAGAUACGCCUACUCGUAUCUCGCUAUGUACGGCAAGUCGUACUUGGACUCUGCGAGAGACACUUUUGAGAUUUUGAGAUACAAGGGCAUCGACAUCCUCAUCAACGACUCCCUCGUGGGCACUGCCAUCGGCUUAUACUCGUUGUUGUCCAUGUUCCUUACAGGCGUCGCAUUGUACGUUGUCUUCACGACAUGGAACAUUGGCGGAAUCAUGGACAUGGGACCAGAGAUGUUGGUUCUCGGUGGUAUUGGUGGCCUUGUCAUAUGUUGGUUCAUUGUCAACUCUGCCAUCAACGUUCUUGACGUCGGCUGUGUCACAUUCAUGAUUGGACUCGCCGUUGAUCCCGACGCCUUCACCAGAACAAACGCAGGGGGCGCCACCGAUACAAGUAUCCAACGUCUCCAAGCUUGGGAAAAGCUGUCCAGAUUCUACCCUGAAAUUAGAGAAAGAGUCAUGCUCGACUGGCCUGAAAACUGA